GCACAUUCACUAAUACUCCAUGCAUACUUAGCCAUGGGGCAUGCUUGCGCCCAAACUCAAUCGAUGACUCGUUUUCUUUCUGGACCGAGUGGCCAGCGUCAAGCAGACUGCACGUGGGUCGUCUAGAGACAGUAGUUGACGGUGUUGCUGGGACGAUCACAUGAGUCAGGACUUGCAGCAUAGUGACGGGUGGGGCGGAAGCCCGGAACCGAGCAGUGCCAAUCAAUCUGAAAUCGUGGCAGGAGAAUUUGCAGCGGCCGACUUAGCAGAUCAAUCCCACUAUCCAGCACAACAUCCCUCCACACGUUGUAGAAGCGUGACGUACGAAUCCUUGCGGAGGAAAGAGCCUCUUUCGAAGAGGCAGAGGCAGAUCGACGAUUGGAUAGAUUCGAGAAGAUGAAAUUUGCAGCUGAUGUAUGAAUAUUGAUGCCAGAUGGAGAAGAAUAUGUCUGAGGAGGAGGCGGAGAUGGGGGAGAUUAUUGCUAAGGAGGAGGUGAUCAUGAAUCAGGUUUGUCCACAAGGCAGAAGUGUCGACAUGGAGGCGACCGUUUGGGCGGCGUCUGUGGGGCGAUUCUGGGUCCUCUCCCAGAUCGCCGACGAAGACGAUGAUGAAGACCGAGGAUCUCCGUCGUCUCCACUGCAGGAGUCUUCUUCGCGGGCGCUAGAGUACCGUCGAUCACCGCCGUCGGGGCUUACGACUAUGGCGGAUCUGGGGCUCUCGGCGGUGCUCCGCCGUGAGGAGAAGAAGAAAAAGCAGCGGCAGGCUGCGUUGUCUACGCUUUCAGGUAAGUUUUUCGAUUUCGAUUUUGUUCCUGACGUUUUACCGUGCAGAUCGCCGCCGUUACGAAGCGCGAAGCGGAUCACGUCGAUGAAACAUCCAGUGAGCCCGCCAUCGACGUUCUUGCUUGAUUGUUUCAAGGCGGAGGAAUGGCUCCUUGUAGAGAGGAGAAAGAAUAGGCGUCGAUGCAACCUCAAGUCCCGACGCCGUCGUCUCUGCUCGCCGUCGGCGAGUAUGUCGCCGCCGGGUCCGAAUCGAAUGUAUUUUCAAACUCAUGAUCCUGCUGUUAGGACGGGCCGUAUGGGCCUGGUUCACAGUUUUGCCGAUCGUCGGGAUUCCGCUAAGGGCAGUAUGGGCCUGGAACCCGCGCUCGUGCCGCGCGCGUUCGACGCCCGAUCGAUGAUUGAUCUGUAAUGCAAAGAGAUCGACGGGUUGGUUAGGGUUCUCUCAGCAAAAUCGCGUCCCUGCCCCGUGGGUGUCGUGUCUUCCACAGCUUGGUGUUUUCGCCGCGCGCCGCCAUGAGUCGGGGCGGAGGGAAUCCACAGCGAGGCGGUGGUACUCCGGGAGCGGGUCAUGGAGAUGGUCGCUGGGAAGGAGGGUUUAACCCCCAUGCUGGUGGUCGCGGGGACGCUCGAUCGGUCUGAUGGUCAUGGCGACGGCCGUGCUGAUGCACGUGCUGAUGGCCGGGGCGACCGUGCGGACGGCCGUUUUGAUGGCCGUGGCAAAAACUUCUUCGAGGGAGGAACGAGCGGGACUGCUAGCAGCGAUGGGUUUCCGGCCACCUCCGUCUGGUCAGCAGCAGCAGACGGGUGUUUUCGAUGACGGCGUCUUCCGCGCCGGUUCUCGUCCGCCAAAUAAUGGGUUUGCUGGAGGUAGCUCUCGUGGUAAUCAAGGUUACAACCGUACCUAUGAAUUCUGGCGGUAACAAUUACAAUCCGAGACGUCCAUACAACUCAAGUUCUUUCAAUAGUAGAGAUUUUGGUUCUGGUUUGACUGAUGGUCCGGAUUUGCGUGGACUGGAUGAUGCUCAGCGGCAGAUGGUGAAAGAAGCUGCUGAGGCUUUUGCAAGGCAACUGUCGUCGGUAAACAAUAUUGUUCAGCCUGUCAUGUCCACUGUUGUGCCAACGGUGGAUCUUGUUUCGGCGGCGGUGCCUCCACGGAGGACUGGUUUUGCUUCCGUGAGAUAGACUUAUGUGCCAAAAGUUGUUCCUUCGGUUAACCAAAUGGACAUUGAUACUGUUCGUGCGGGCCCUAAUAAUACUUCUACUCCGGAGGCGUUUCUGGACACUUCUGGGGGUGAAGGUGGUGUUGUGAUCUCGGAUGCAGCUGUGGGUGCCACUAAGAAAAAGGCGCCUAACUGUUUUAGGUGUCACAAAUCGGGUCAUUGUCUUAAUGAAUGUGAUGCUAUUCUUUGCGAAUGUUGUCAAAGUGCAGAUCAUGCGUCAAGGGGUUGUCCCAUUCUGAGGGAUCCUAGGCCUAGAUUGCAAGUGUAUGGGGUGGCUCAUGCUGAUCUCACUUUUUGGGAGCUGCCACUGUCUGGUGAUGUUAGGCCGAGGGUUGAGAAUACUAGACUUGGCAGGGUUGCAGUGACUGGUGACAUAAUGACGAUACCAGAAAUCAUUGCACAACUCCAGUACUUGGUGCCUGAUGAGCAAUAUCAGUGGGAGGUGCAGCAGAUGGAGGAGAAUGUGUUCAGAGCUAAUUUCCCAAGCAGGAUUGAUUUAGUGCGUGUCGAUAGGUUUGGGAGUUUCCAUGUUCCUCACUCGCAGAUCUCUUUGUGUUUUGACUUUUGGUGGAAGGAUGUUGAGCCUGUUUGGA